UUUGCCCACAAGGAAUAUUAGACAGUGCAAAGAGUACCUGCUACAACAAUUAUCAAAACGAUCAAACUGCAUCCAAACUCCAUUGUUGUAUGAUCGAAUACAGCAGGACUUGUGUUCCGGAAAUACUCGAAAGACAAAGAUGCGACGAGACGUUUCUUCUUGAGCAUUUCUUUAAGGACAUCAACGCCGACUGUGGAACAUCGAAGCCAGUCUGCUUGGAGUGCACUCAAAACGCAAUAUCGGAUGCGGAAGAUGUGUGCUUGAGGAAAUACGAACAGGAACACGGCAUCAUUUCUAGAGGCCUGAUGUCCGGCAACGACAAACGACUGUGCUGUAUGUUGGACUACAAGAAGAAUUGUGUUCCAGACCAAUUAAAACCAAAAGGCUGUGGCGAACAACUUCUUCAAAAUUAUGUUGUCAAGGUACAGAGUGAAAUGAGAUACCAAUGUGCAGGAUCGAGCUCGAUGUGUACCGUUUGCCCAAGAGGAUUAUUAGACAGUGCAAAGAGUACCUGCUACAACAAUUAUCAAAACAAUCAAACUGCAUCCAAACUCCAUUGUUGUGUGAUCGAAUACAGCAGGACUUGUGUUCCGGAAAUACUUGCAAGACCAGGAUGCGAUGAAACGUUUCUUCUUGACCAGUUCUUUAAGGACAUCAACGCCGACUGUGGAACAUCGAAGCCAGUCUGCUUGGCGUGCAAUCAAAAAGCAAUAUCAGAUGCGGAAGAUGUGUGCUUGAGGAAAUACGAACAGGAACACGGAAUCAUUUCUAGGGGCCUGAUGUCCGGCAACGACAAACGACUGUGCUGCAUGUUGGACUACAAGAAGAAUUGUGUUCCAGGCCAAUUAAAACCAAAAGGUUGUGGUGAACAACUGCUUCAAAAUUAUGUUGCAAAGAUGCAGAGUGAAAUGAGAUACAAAUGUGCAGCAUCAAACUCGAUGUGUACCGUUUGCCCACAAGGAUUAUUAGACAGUGCAAAGAGUACCUGCUACAACAAUUAUCAAAACGAUCAAACUGCAUCCAAACGCCAUUUGGAGAAUGAAUGUUUCAACAAGGAGAGUCCCGGCAACGAGGUCGUCAUCACUGCUUUUCGCUACGUGAUAGACAUGGUAGACUUUGGCAAUAUAGGAGGGAUCUCUCCCGGGCCGCUGCAGAAGAUGGUGCGUUGGAUCUACACCCGUUACAAGUACGUCUGUAUAACGGUGCCGGAAGGACCCCUGGGUCUGAUGAGCGAAUUUGUGAGCUCGACCAACGCUGAAUUCAACUACAUCUCUGCAGACAUCGUGGACCUUCUCGCUCGUGCCAUUGCUCAUAUUAGGUAUGCCCUGCGGAAGCAGCGACAUUUGCAAGCAGUCUACAUUGUACUUUGUCACUGA